UCUGGUGUCUUCCUCGGGUGCCUUCUGUGAGAGUGCAGAUUGAACUAUGGCACAAAGUGUUCAAGCCGCGGGUGACACCAUCUUUGGUAAAAUCAUUCGCAAAGAAAUCCCGUGUGAACUCCUGUACGAAGACGAUAAGGUAGAGCCAGGCCGCGUUGAGCGAUCUUGUGUCAGCUGUUUGCUGUUAUAUCACUUAAAGCUGUGAGCGAGCUUGUAUCGAGGCCUGGUGCCUUGUUUGCCUGUGCUGAUUCAGCCGUCCAGAUCCCCACCGAUCCGAAAUGAUCGAAGCUGCGCGGCAAGUGGAGGAGGGUGUGUGUAUCGCUUUUAAUGAUAUUCAACCACAAGCUCCAACUCACUUUUUAGUGGUCCCAAAGAAGCCUAUUGCCCAAUUGUCUAAAGCAGAAGACUCCGAUGCAGAGCUUUUGGGACACCUGGUGAUCGUUGCUAAAAAGUGUGCUGUGAAGUUGGGCUUAACAAAUGGCUACAGACUCAUCCUUAAUGAAGGCAAGGAAGGUGGACAGUCUGUCUACCACAUUCACCUUCAUGUAUGUGGUGGACGUCAGAUGCUUUGGCCACCAGGUUAACUGUUGCUUGACCACUGGAACAAUUAGUGCAGUCUCUUAAAUAAAGAACAUGUUGCAUGCUACAGUAUGCCAAUCUCAAAAACAUUACUGUUUUCAUGUUUCAAUUGCUAUAAAGAUUACAGAAUAAAUUCAGUUCAUCAA